UCUUAAUUCAAAUUUCACUUUUUAUUAUACUUUUGUAUUCUUUCAUUUUAUUUAUCAGUAGUUAAUACAUAUACAAGCUUCUCGGCAAUUCAAUUUUGAAAUAGAGCGCGCGCCCAAAAGACGACUUUGACACUGCCGAACAAUUUCAAAAAACUCACAAUUUCACGUUUAUAUAUAUUUUUUCUCCCACUGUCUCGCGUAAAAUUGACUAUUUAAUGGGGGCUUGCGAUGCACAAUGUGUCCACAAUGUACAGCUAGCCUGGCUCAACAACAAUGCCCGCUCAGCAUCGCUCAUCCUUCGUCUCUUUGGCAGCGACAUGCCAGUAUGGAGGCACAUAUGCGGGGCACAGGGAUCGCGAUGCAGUCGUCUAAAAAGGUGCUUUUCAAACUAAUGGCAGUGGCAUCGCGGUUACUGUCAAACGCCGCAGAUUCCGUUUGGCACACACAAGAGGAGGAUUUGACAGGAGUAGGAGGUGGUAUGGCUUGGCUGUGGGCUACAGAGUUGCCGCAGACUGUUGCGCAGUAUGUGGUUGAUCGCAGGUGUCGCGUUGGCGGAACCAGCCAGGCCGGUGUUCCUGGGCAUCUACAGGCCUUGUCGCAGCGGUACUUUGAAGGCCGCGUGCCGAGAGCUAACGAGACUGAGUACUCGAUGGUUCUCAAUGGCCUGGACUCGGCUCAUUUGCUGCUUCAUCUGCUUGAUCUCGGCUUGAAAGCCAACAAGCUGGAUAUCCACACCGCGCUAGCCAGUAUUCGAGACACCGCUGCGGUAGUCGCCCUGGUUGGCGGCAUUGAUCGCGGCCGACAGCGGCGCAGCUGACUGCAGGACUGUGGCCACCACUCCUCCACCUUGCUGGUGCCACGCUGGCCGCAACCACCUGGGUGCCGACGAAUUUUCUACCGUACUGGAUAUUGCGCAUUGGCCGCCAAUGUGAUUGUCGAUCUGGGAGCCGAGGCCCAAGCAGCCGCGCUGGCUCUGGUGUAUGUGCUGAGCUGCAGCACAGGGGCAGCGCAGAUGACUGCAUCACUGUUUUGGCCAGGCUGUGCUCGGGGCCUG